UAUGUAUUAAAAUGUGUUUAUCUCUGGACCUAGUAUACUUAAAACUGUUUACACGAACAAAAAACUAAUAUCUCACCUCACUCUCUCCAACAGAUUCAAGUAACUUUGUUAUACUUGGGAUACAUUUCUCUUUAAGAGAUAUUUUAUUUGAUUAAAUACGAAUUUAGUAGGCAUUUAGCAAAAUGUUUUUAGUUAAAUGAAAUAAAAGGAUCAAAUUACACUUAUACAAACAAUUUGUUGAAUGUUAUGUGAACUUUAGUAGACUAUAUUUUAGCAGAGAAUUUAAUGGUGAAAGUGAGCAAAUGUGGAUAAGGGAUCGCAUCCCCCCCCCCGCCCUCAGCGCAAAAGACAGGUGGAGUGUGGCCAUCUGUGGACACACUGAAACGGCCCUAUUGUGCGUUCAGAAACUUCUAUUAUUAGACGCCUUUACAAAUGCAAAUACGAUGCGCGUGCCAUGACGCCCCGCUGCCCAAUCUGGCCAGCUACGAUCACAAACCACGUGAUAAGAUGCAGCUUUCCAAAUGUAGGCCACCCUGAAAAUUCAGCAAUGUUUAUAUUCGUAUAUUCUCCCUUUGCAGAAACAUUUGCAGCUUUAACGCAUUUAAUGAUGUGCGAAUAAACGACUUGUUUCAUAUGCAUUGAUAUUUUUGGUGAUUUUGUUCACAGGUGGUUUUAAAUCUGCAUAGAAAUCAUUAGAGGAAAAAAAUAUUGCAUCAUGUCAAUUUUAAGAAAAACUUCUGAAACAUUACUGAAUGCAAGCGUAUCUGGAAAUAACUAAAAAAGGUUUUUUGGUUAUUUGAGAGGCUCAAGAUAACAGGUUGACGAUGACUGAUGCAAGCCUAUUGUUACCCUGCAGAACAGGAGCAGAUGGAGAGGCCUCACUUUAGGAUGCCCCCACUGGCCCCUCGCAUCCCAGCAACACAUAUGACUAUUGUGUGCAAGUUUUUGUCUACUUCAAAAUGGAGCAUAAACAGAUUCAGCUGAACUUUUCGCUAAAUUGAAGCUGCAGCAGGAAAAAAACAGGACAGAAUGUAAAAUAUUGUUUUACUGAUAAUUUGCAAGUUGAGUUUCAUACUUGCAAACGUUAUAAAUGAUAGCUUAAAAUCUUAAAAAAAUAAAUAAAAUAAAAACCUCAAACACUUGCAAAAAUGCACAACGUCCUAUAGAGGCUUGUUCUUAUUUACAAAGUACAAAUAAGUAAAAAGAAAAUAACUCGUUUCAGACUUGCAACGAUGCAUUGUUCUAGUAUCACAUCUGCAGUCCGGGCAUCCCGUCCCUACCCCCCUUAGUGCGCGAGAGUGACAGGUGUUCCAAGACAAACCUGCUCGAGCGCAAAGCAGACUAAUCGAACAAUUGCUUUUACUUAGUCCCUCCUGCAGCUGCAGUCAGAUUAGGACAGUCAUCUGUUACAAAGCCAUUUCAUUUUCUAUAAAUGACUUAGCUGUCAUUAAAAGAAUAAAAGUCAGGCAAAAGUUUGUUCAGAUGUGUUCAAGACGAUUUUAAUUAAAAGUUCCAAACAUGCAAAUUAAACAUAUAAGCCUAUAGCUCACAUACAUUAAAACAAGUGCAUGGUUUAAAUGCAGUUAAGAAUAUUUAUAUCACGUUUAUUAUUUAAAGGCAGCAUAAAAAGCGUUUGUGUCUGCAGGCAUAAAUUGGUAUAAGUCUCAACUGCUAAAUACAGCUGAACUUUGCUCAGCUGAUCCUUUAUCUUCCCCCAUCAGCAGAUGGGGAGUGUUUCCAUAGCAAAAGAGAAGCACGUCCAGAUGCCACGCGCCGUAAGUCAAGCCAUGCAAAUUAGCCACGCGCAUGUGAGGAGAUCAGCAAUAGAUAAUAAAUAACCUUCAACACAUCAGCAAAAGUCUGAUAAAAUCACCAAUUUGUGAUAAGUUAACAUAAUUCACAUUUAUAACUUUUAACAAAAUGCUUGAUCAAACAAUAUCGACCCCAAUAAACCUUUUUUUUUUUUUUCUAGAAACAACUAAAACACCAAAAACUAAAACAUAUGCCUAACUAUUCAAAGAUUAGGUAAUGAUGGAAUAUGUAGGCAAAAUGUUAAUUCACUCAUGAUUGUUUUGAACGACGUCAAUAUUUUAGGUUGUUAACUUUUUCCAGUUUUUUAUUUUAUUUUAAUUAGAUUUUGGUGUUGCAUUCAUUAGUUCAUUUUAAACAGUAAAAUAUUCCAUGAACAACAAUUAUAAAAAACAGUAAAAGGCUGUUUAGUGUUUAAAAUCAUUUCUGAUGGAAUAAUAGCAAGUCACACCGCAGAAAAUGUCAACUUUUAAGUACCUUAUGCCAACAACCCAUCCAACAAUACUUUUCAGCUGUUGAAUUUAUGCCAUAUCUUUUGACUUGAAAAAGUCGGUCUGUUUAAUUAAGGACAAAAGUGAAAGGAUCAGAGUUUGAUCCUUUCUUACAGUUCUAUAGAUGUCACGCAUGUCUAAAGGCACGCGCCUUGGAUACGUCCGUUUCUAUUGUUCUGAACAGCCAAUCAGAACGCGAGGUGCAAACGCGUGCCACUGUCUCGCUAUAAGUACGGGUCGCGUGUCAGGUAGAAACUCAUUCCCAACUUAUUUCGCUCAGCUCGAGCCACUACUGUACUUAAAGCAGCCACUGCAUACUUUAAUCCAAACCAAGAUGGUUAAUGAAGGAAAAUCUCUGUCAGAAGCCCUGUUGUCUGCCAAGGCGGAGGGUCGCCUCACUGUUGGCGUCUACGAGUGCGCAAAAAUAAUGAACGAGGACCCUGACAGUGUGUCCUUCUGCCUUUUGGCCACUGAUGACUUUGAGUGUGACGUCGCUCUCCAGAUUCACUUUACUCUGAUCCAAGCGUUUUGCUUUGACAACGACAUCAGCAUCGUCAGAGUAAACGACCUGAAACGUCUCAACGCUCUUGUUGGAGGCAAGGGUCAACUGGAGGACGCUCAUUGUGUCCUUAUAACGAACCCAGCUGAGGACUCCUGGGAGGAUCCGGCUCUGGAGAAGCUUCAUCUGUUCUGUGAAGAAAGUCGCAGCUAUAACGAGUGGGUUCCUGAGAUCACUCUCCCCGAGCGUUGAUCUGGGCCUGCACUCUUCUCUGUUGAGAUGCUGUAAACCUUGAGGAAUACUCUGCUCAUCCUUUGAAGCAAGGAUGAUGAUGUUUCCACAUCCCUGGAUGCUCCUGAGGAGGCUGAACCGUCCAGGCAGCGCGAGGCAGGCCCGAGUGGCCCUCGCGGUUCUACGUCGUUCCUCGUCCCGUCCAUGCCAAGAUGAUCCUCAUUCUUUAUGUGAAUGAGGUCAGGUAUGCCACGAGAGCGACACAAUGGCCCUCAUUCUUUGUGCGGAUGAGGUUUGGAGAGAAAGGAGAAGCGAGUUUUGCCUCUGUUCCACAGAGCAAAUAUCGCAUGCGUUGGACACGCAGAGGACGCGGCGGUGCGUCGAAGCAACGUUUUUAAAAAUGGACUUUAACAUCUCGGACGUUUUUAAAAAUGAAAUUGCUGCACAAUAUAACGUACCUUAUUGUCGGCAAUGUGCUUUCCACUUUCCAGAAUUGUCUUAUUCUCUAAAGGUUUCACUUUAGAAAUAUUAAUAUGACAUAAAAGGGAAAAAAAAAUAACUUAAAAAAAAACUCUAAAGGUUUAACUUUAGAAACAUUUGAUUUGAAAAAAAAGAAAAAAGAAAAAAUGUUUAAAUAUGCUCUUAAUUUUUUUGUAAACAAAGGAAAAUGAAAAAAAGUGAACAUGAUUAAAUUUGUCUAAACUUUCACUUUAGAUAGGCUGUUUUGUAUGAGACAAAAUGAAUAAAAAUAAAAGAUAGUGUGAAUUCAACUUGUUUGUGCAGCAACUUCUUUAUGAAAACUAUCAACAGAAACUGUCAGUGACUUUAUAGCCUUCAUUUUUACUUGCAGUCCUUGGAAAACCUGAAUAAGCAGAAUAUUUUAUUAAUGUUA